ACGUCAAAGCACUACGGAGAUCCAGAUGGAGGCACUGAAGGCCCAGAUGCAACGUGACUUUGAAGCACAGCUCCUAGCACAGCAGCAGGCGUGGGCGGCACAGCAGCAGGCACAGCAGCAGGCGUGGGCGGCCGAGUGGGAGAGGAUGCAGCAAGACCUUCGGCAGACACAGGAAGCCUCCCAGCAGAAUCAGAUGCAGCUGGCCCUGGCUUUUCAGUUCAUGCAGACUCUGGGCUCGCAAAUGGGUCUUUCGCCACCGCAAUUCACUCAGACUAAUAUCCCUGCGCGUGCAGCUACCCCUACUCCUAUGAGCGAUUUCACAACCUUCUAAUUUCAUUUAUCUUUAUUUGACUAAUAGACAACUCUAUCAUGACUUAGAAACAAUGACUUAGAAACAAAGUCUUAGAAACAAUGUCUUAGAAACAAAGACUUCAAAUUAAUGACUUUGAAUUUGCAGCCUCAAUCGGCGGCAUCAAAUGAUGGGCCAACAGAAAUGUCCCCUUCGCCGAUGCCUCAUAAUGUGUGGC